UCUCUCUCUCUGCUUCUCAGUCAGCCGCUCUCUUCAACAGCCGUCUGCCCGAUGUCUGAGGACUUUUGUUUUUCUGUUUUGCAGUGAUUUUGUUCCUUGUGGAGUCCAAGAAAAACUUCAGAAGAAGAAGAAGAAGAAAAGGAACACAAGGGGGGCUGUGAAGAAGGACCAUGGCCUCCUGGUUCAGCUGGAAUGAGCCGUACUACCAGAGCCCCCGGCGGGACCCGGCCGACGUGGUCACCGACACCCUGAUGCUGGAGUUCAGCUGGCAGCUGAAGGAGGCGGAGAGGCAGCAGAGGGAGCGGGAGAACGAGUACCGGCGCCUCAAGACCGGAGUGGACUACAGCUGGCUGGCCAACACGCCUCGGCCCACGUACAGCAUCAGCACCGGGGAGAGGCUCGGCCUGGAGGACCUCUGCUCCAAGGUGCCGCCGCCCUGCUGCGGCGUGGUCAUUCUCAAGUUCAGGGAAGUGAUGCAAGCCAAUGAGCCGGAGGUGCAGGAGGUGCCCGGCCUGUUCCGCUCCGUCCUCCUGGAGGCUCUGGAUAACCAGAAGGAGGAGCAGGAGGCGCAGCGUCUCGCCCACCAGUGGAGCAACAAACGUGCCAUGAGCAUGUCCCUCAUGAACUUCAGAUCACGGAUCAAAAUCAACCCGUUCGGAAGCACGGUGGGCCUGACCACCGCUGCGGCCGACGGGGCGGGGCUGAGCGACCUCAAAACCGUGUCGGAGGAUGUGGACAGAGGGAUGGAGCGGGCUCAGAGGGUGUGGAGCGUGCCUGACUUCAGAUACAAAGGGAGCAACAGCAGGGAGCUGGUCUGAUGUGUGGGGCGUUCACGGGACAGUGAUGGCGGGACGUUUCAGAGGGACAGAUGCUGAACCAGGCGAAUCAGGAUGAAUCCUCUUGUCAGUGUGAGACCAAUCAGCAUUCGAUGCAUAUAGUGCUUUACCUUUUCAGAGCCCUGUACUAUGAAGCGAGUUCAACAUACCCAGGAUAUCUUCUUGUGAUCUCGCUUCACUAAGCCUUACAACCGCAGUCACAGAUAAGUGGUGUCACAAAGGUGGUUAUCAACUUUAUGAGUUAACCCUUUCCUCUUCAGGCUCUGUGUGUUCACAUAAACGGGUGUUGGGAGCGUCAUUUGACUCAAUUACCGGGGAAAAAUGAUAGGUUUCUGCCCACUUCUAUGAAGAAUAUCAAUAUUAUUAUCACAGUAAAAGCAAUAGUGUUACUCUAAAUAAGGCAUGCGAUUAAUUUUUUUUAUUAUAAAAUAAUAACAAGUGUGAAUUAAUUUAUUAAUAUAUUUAUUUAACCACUCCAUGCGCUCUCAGUGACUACUGUUGAUUUCUAACCUGACAGUUGCACAAACUGUUACACUGAUAACUGACUUUUAAACAACAUAAUCAUGAACUGGAUUUAGAUCUGAAACUGUCCCAUAAUGAAGGAUACAUCAAAUAUAUUUCGUUUUGCUCACUUCAUAGGGAAAUUAUUUUUAGGCCUAUUAUAUUGGAUAAACAGGCUAACAAUAGGCAUUUUCCAAUAAGUAUUUUAUUAGCUGUAUUACCGGCAGUUUAAAACGGACAUCAGCAAAUCAAUAUAAAGCAUUAAACAUCACGUGAUAAUGUUAUGUUUUAAAGCAAUUAUACAGUAUUUCAUAUGCAAGUAAACGUUAUACUGAUAAAUAAUAUAGCAGUGUAUUAUUGUAUGCAACCUUAUUUUACAGGAGAUUCAUUUCAGAGACUGUGUGGUUAAAUGUUGAGAGAACUACAAACUGCACUCAGUAGUUCAGUGAGAAACACAUCAACUGAGUGCUACAGCGAUACACACAGUAACUCUACUGUAACUUCACGGCUCCAUUUGAUGACAUUAAUGUAACGUUAAGACUCAACAUGUUUACAUUUAUAUCUUAUUCUCCCUGCUGAGAACAUGUACUUCUCAUAUAAAUAUUCUUUGGGGUUUCUAAAGGGUUUUGUUGGCCUCUAAAGACUCUCGCCCUCCUCUGAGACCAACAACAAGGUCCACAGGAUCUUCCCAAAAAGGGUAAUGCCAUUUUCCAAGAGAACUGAUUGGUUAGUAGGCGGUGCUUUUAUAGGUACUUAUCUCUUAUUGAGAAUAUAACCUGCUACCGAUCAGGUUAGCUUCUCAGCAUGAGUUGCCAUGGUGAUCUAGCCAGAAAGAGAACCACCUUCGUGAUACUGAAAACCCAGAGUUAGAGCUGAAGUUACCUCGCUAACCUUUAAAUCCAGCUUCGUAGUACAGGGCUCAGGGCAACGUCCGGACUUGAAGCAGUUUUAACUUAAGAUUAUUGCCUCUUGCAGUGAUGCUUCUAAACAUUUAGGGCUAUUUACUGUAGGCCUUCUAGAGAUAUUCAUGUAAUUUAAAGGUUUUCUAGAUGCCGAAAUGUUGCGGAAACUAAUUAAACAUGUUGGUGCAGUUUCGUCUCGCAACAUAAAAUGGCUGUUGAGGUAAAAGCUCUUUUCUGACAGAAUGUUUGGCCUGAGAUUGAUGUGCACAAAUGAUCGGAAAUAGUCAACAUGAACGUCAUUCAGAGGCUGAGUCAUGCUCGCCCUCUAAAGACUUCUGUUUUUUCCCAACAGCACAAUAAUUCAUCAAUCAAGGUCAGCAAACGAAAAGCUAUCCUCCUGC